CGGCCCGCCGCAGCGGCAGGGACCUCCCCUUUAACGCGGCGGCUCGGAGCUCGCUGCCCCCGCGGCGGCCGCCGCGCUACCGCAGCCCCUCGGCCUCGGCAGCCGCAUCCCUGCCGGCCGCGCCGCCCGCCAUGGUGUCCUGGAUCAUCUCUCGCCUGGUGGUGCUCAUCUUUGGCACCCUGUACCCAGCCUAUUCUUCGUACAAGGCCGUGAAGACCAAAAACGUGAAGGAAUAUGUGAAAUGGAUGAUGUACUGGAUCGUCUUUGCCUUCUUCACCACCGCUGAGACACUCACAGACAUCGUGCUGUCCUGGUUCCCCUUCUACUUUGAGCUCAAGAUCGCCUUUGUGAUAUGGCUGCUGUCCCCGUACACCAAGGGCUCCAGCGUGCUCUACCGAAAGUUCGUGCACCCCACAUUGUCCAACAAGGAGAAGGAGAUCGACGAGUACAUCACCCAGGCCCGAGACAAGAGCUAUGAGACCAUGAUGAGGGUGGGCAAGAGGGGCCUGAACCUGGCCGCCAAUGCUGCCGUCACCGCUGCUGCCAAGGGCCAGGGGGUGCUGUCGGAGAAGCUCCGGAGCUUCAGCAUGCAGGACCUGACGCUGAUCCGAGACGAGGAUGCACUGCCCCUGCAGGGCCCCGACAGCCGCCUCCGCCCCGGCCCUGGCGGCCUCCUGGACACCAUUGAGGACUUAGGUGAUGACGCCACCCUGAAUUUAAGGUCCCCCACAACCCAGGCAGAUCCCCGGACAGAGGCCUCCGAGGAGGACUUGGGAGAUAAGGCCCCCAAGAGAGUCAAGUCCAUCAAAAAAGUGCCCAGAGCGGAGCCCCUGGCUUCCAAGACUCUGAAGACCCGGCCGAAGAAGAAGAGCUCUGCGGCGGGCGACUCAGCGUGAGUCCGCAGCCGGCGCGGUGGGGAGGAAGGCGGCUGGGCGCAGCCCCAGCCCCUGUCCACUCUGCGCCGCCAGCCCAGGCGUCUCGGCCCUGCGCCCCUCUUCGGUGGCCAUUUCUGGAGCCUGCGCAGUGGCCGCUCCUCUGGAGGGGUCUGGAAGGAGGGAGGCCCGGCUGCAGAGGCUGAGGCGGAGGCUGGCCCAGGCUCUGCAGACUGCGCCCCCACAAUGGGGCUCCCCGCCCGGCCGCCCCUCUCCCCGGCCCCAGCGCUGUGCCCCCCACCCAGUGCCUUGCUGAAGACCGUGGCCAGCCCCUCUCUUGAGCUCUGAUGUGCCGCUGCCCCUGGUGGGAAAGGGGGCCUGAAGGCACCAGCAGAAAGGGAGCCAGUGGGUGGGGGCCUUGGGAACCUGGGCCGUGCAGGCCAUGGGGUUCGUGUGGGCUUCAGUAACCAGGAUGGCCCCAGAGGUGCAGCUGGGGCCUGCGUGCUCCCUGUCCCUGUUAGAGACACAGGGCUGCAGGAGUGUGUGUGCGUGUGUGCGUCCUGCCGGGGCUGGGGUGCAGGGGGUGUGGGUGAAAGAUUCUCCCUCAGGGGUCACCUCCUCCCACUCUCGGUCCUGGCCUUUCCCUUUUUUGACCCUUCCUGCUAGUCUCUGAGCCUCAGAGGACCCCAGCCCAUCACAGCCUGGGGCUCCAAGGCACCUCUCGCAUACGCCGGUGUCCUUGAUCCCUGUCCCCUCACCUGUUCCCACCCUGGCCUGCCUAGGCUGGAGUCCUGCACUCCCGGGGCCCACCACAGAAGCCCUGCUGAGCUGGCUCCUUUCCUCGUCCUGGGGGACCCAUCCUUCCUUGCCCAGGGCCCCCUUCCUGUGCCAAGCAGACCCCUGUCAGAGUCCAGCUCAGCCCCACACCCUGCCGCCUCUCCUGCCACGGCUUCAGUCAGGGCCAGGAGGAGCUCGAGAAGGAGAGAAACGCAGGAAACGGGUUCCCAGCUCCUUGGAAGAGGCUGCCCAUUGGCCCCUUGUCACUGGAUGAGCCAAUAAACUGAACUCUGGCACCUCA